CGUUUGUGUGUGUGCGUGUUUGUUUGUGUGUAUGUGUGUGUGUGCGUGUUUGUUUAUGUGUGUGUGUGUGUGUGUGUGCGUGCUUGUGUGUUUGUAUGUGUGCGUGUGUGUGUUAAUGUGACUUUUAAAAGUCCAUUUCCUUGUUUAGUGUAAAGUUUGUUUUCAGUUUGACAGUUGAUCGAUGAAUGAAUCAAUCAAUCAGUUGACAGAUAAUCUACAUGAACUAUAUGUCAAAGAGCCCCGCCCCUCCCCCCCUCCGUCGUGAUGACGCGGGCACGUUCAGACACGUCACGCGCAGACUGAGUCUGAGCGUCGGACCGAGGCUCGGUCAGAGAGAGCGGAGCCGCUGCAGGAGCAGCCCGUCAUGAGGUCGUUUGUGUUUCUCGUCCUUGUGAUGCUCGUGGUCGACGCUCAGCCUUCGUCUCUGUCCGACAUGUACGGCAGCCUGCACUCACCAAACUUCCCAGAGCCGUAUCCCCGAGAGACGCAGCUGCGCUGGAACAUCAGUGUUCCUGACGGCUUCCAGAUCAAACUUUACUUCAGCCACUUCGACCUGGAGCCGUCCUACCUGUGUGAGUACGACUUCGUCAAGGUGGAGGCAGAGUCUGAGGUUCUGGGUCUGUUCUGUGGGCGGGACGAGACGGACACGGAGGCGGUUCCAGGUCAGCAGGUCGUCACCUCCCCCAGACACUCGCUGAGCGUCGUCUUCUCCUCCGACUUCUCCAACGAGGAGAGAAACUCUGGCUUCAUGGCUCAUUACAGAGCAGAGGAUGUGGACGAGUGCAGUGACCGUGGUGAUGAAGAUGAAGAUCUGAUCUGUGAUCAUUUCUGUCACAACUUUAUCGGAGGAUACUACUGCUCCUGUCGCUAUGGUUACCUGCUGCACACUGACAACCGCACCUGCAGAGUGGAAUGUAGUGAUGGUGUGUUCAGGGAACGCUCCGGAGUUCUGAGCAGUGUAGAUUUUCCCGCUCCGUAUCCAAAGAGCUCUGAGUGUUCGUAUCGUAUCGAGGUGGAGACCGGCUUCAGGCUCCGCCUCCAGUUUGAGCCCGACUUUGACGUGGAGGAUCAUCCUGACGUCAGGUGUCCCUACGACUACGUCAAGAUCACAGCAGGCAGCAGUGAGUUCGGUCCGUUCUGUGGAUCUCGAUCUCCAGGCAUCAUUCAGACUGACAGCAACAUCGUCACCGUCGACUUCCACAGCGACAACUCUGGAGAUAACCUGGGGUGGAAGAUGACGUACACAUCCACAGGAAGUCAGUGUCCGGUGCCUGAGACUCCGCCCAACGCUGUGAUGAACCCUGUCCAAUCAGAAUACUCCUUCAAAGACCACAUCCUGUUCACCUGUGAGCCUGGAUAUAGACUGAUGAAGGACGGGGACUCUCUGGACCAACUCCAGCUGGACUGUGGUUCUGACGGGUCCUGGAGCAGCAGACUUCCUCAGUGUCAGAUGGUGGAUUGUGGGAGUCCGCAGGCGGUCCACAUGGCUGACGUGGUGUUUGGUAACCAUGACAAUAGCACACUGUUCGGAUCGACCGUCCGCUACGUGUGCCGGGGUGACGCGUUCGACCUGAACGCCAGCAACAAUUCGUACAGCUGUGGACCAGAGGGACGGUGGACCAGUGCAGAGUCAGGACUCAGGCUCCCGAGCUGUUCUCAAGCCUGCGGACGCCCGUCCCGCGCUCUGCCCCCUCAAGUGAAGCGGAUCGUGGGCGGGCGGAGCGCCGAGCCGGGCCUCUUCCCCUGGCACGUCCUGCUGAGUGUGGAGGAUCUGACCCGGGUCCCAGAGGACCGCUGGUUCGGGUCCGGGGCCCUGCUGUCCGAGUCCUGGGUCCUGACGGCAGCUCACGUCCUGAGGGCCCAGAGGAGGGACGCCAGCAUCGUGGCUGUGGCCCCCGAACACGUGAAGGUGUUCCUUGGUCUCCAUGACGCCCGGGACAAGCGUCUGUCCACCAGACGCUCGGUGGAGACGAUCGUCCUUCAUCCAAACUUUCAACCCGACAACUACAACAACGACAUCGCGCUGCUGAAGCUGACGGAGCGGGUGGAGUUUAACUCCGUCAUCCGUCCGGUCUGUCUCCCCCCGCCGGACGACCAGGACGACCCCUCCUCACCUGUCCCUAACUCUCUGGGCGUAGUUGCCGGUUGGGGGAUCACCGUCCCCAACGUCUCCUCCUCGACCCCAGGUGACCCCCCCUCACUGACCUCUGACCUCCUGCAGUACGUGAAGCUGCCGGUGGUUCCUCAGGACGAGUGUCAGGCGAGCUACGCCUCGCGCUCCGUCAGCUACAACAUCACAGACAACAUGUUCUGUGCCGGGUUCUUCGAGGGGGGGAGGGACACCUGCCUGGGGGAUAGCGGGGGGGCGUUUGUGAUGGAGGACGAGGUCAGCCGGGGGUGGGUGGUGUUUGGGUUGGUGUCCUGGGGGGGGCCGGAGGAGUGUGGGAGUCAGAGGGUGUACGGAGUCUACACGCGGGUGGCUAAAUAUGUGGAGUGGCUUCAGCACCACCUUCAGGCUGCUGCCCCCUGGUGGUGAGAGAGAGACCACAGCUACAGCUGAGACACACACGUGUAUAUAUAUAUAUAUAUAUAUAUAUAUAUAUAUAUACAUAUUGACAUAUAUACAUGUGUAUAUAUAUAAACACUAUUUUUUUCUGUAUUCAACUUAUUUUUAACUUCAAACCUGAUUCAUGUUCACGAACCCAAACACAUCACUAAGACUACGCCUCCGAUACAACAAAACAUUUUCUGAUUCAUAAACAUCUGAACGACAACAAAGAGAAAUCAGAUUCAUCUGUUGGACAUCUGCUGAACAUCUGUUGAAGAUCUGUUUCUGUCCCACAAUCCUCUGGGGUUUUACGUCACUGCCCGUCUUCAGUCCUUUGCUCUAGCGCCACCUUCAGGACAGACCUGACAACACCACCAGUGUGUGUUAAUGUGUUUAUUCAUGUUUGUAUUCAAAUGUUUCAUUAUGAAAAAUACAGCAGGUGGUUUUAUAUUAUGUAUAAAUUAUAUAAACAUCUUCAUGAAUGAA